AUGCCUUCCUCCGGCGCCGAGCUCAACGCGGCCGCCGCAAAGGCCUUCACGUUUUGGUUCGACCGCGAGUUCCGCUUCAACCUCGCGGAGGAGGAGCUCGCGGUGCAGACGGCGCGCGGGGAGACCCUCCUCGCCACGCUGCGCCCGGUGGAGGACACGAAGGGCAACGCCGGGGAGGAGGGGGUGCUCACCGUGACGAACCUGCGCUGCAUAUGGCGCAGCACGGCGAACCCGCGCAAGAGCCUCAGCAUCGGCUACUACGGCAUCCAGGGCGUGGAGACGAAGGAGGCGAACUCGCGGCUGCGCGGCGCCACGGAGGCGCUCUACAUCAACUCGCGGUUUAGCUCCAGCCGGUACGAGUUUGUCUUCACCCUCCUGUCUCGGGCGCAGCAGCGGCUCUUCAUUGUCCCCGCCGUCUGGCGGGCGUACGAGUCGAGCCGGGCGUACCGUGAGCUGCGCAUGCGCAGCUCGAUGGUGCGGGGUGGGGACAUCGUCCUCCUGCCCGGCGAGCAGCUCUUCACGCGACUCGAGGGCGUGACGAACGUGAGCGAAGACAAGGGCGUCGUCGGGGUCUUGUUUACGACGAAUGUGCGCCUCGUCUGGUACGCGCAGUACUCGCAGAACGUCAACAUCUCGAUCCCGUUGCUGCAACUGACGGGGCUGCGCAUACGGCCGACGAAGUACGGCCCUGCGCUGCUGAUAGAGACGUCGUCGUACUCCGGCAGCUGCCUCCUCGGCUUUCGCGUGGACCCCGUGGACCGGCUGCGGGAGCUGUUCCGGGAGUGCGUCUCGCUGUGGAAGGCCUGGAGCAUGCGCCCGGUGCUUGGCGUCGCCGUCACGCUGCAGGCGGCGACGCCCGACGCGGCGGAGGACGGCGACCCGAGCAAUGGCCCCGGCGGGGGCGGAGGGCCUGCGGCGCCUCCGGCCCCGCAGCCGCGCAAGCUGGACGGCGAGGACGUCGUGCAGCAGGUGGAGACCGACGCCUUCGCGGCGUACUACGCAGACUUGGGGCAGAAGGGCGCGGAUCGCCGGCCGGAGUUCGAUGCCUCGAUUGGCCUCGCCGUGGAGCGGCUCCGCGCGGGGGUGACGAUGCGGGACUUGUGGACGGUGCCAGCGUAG